AUUUGAGAGGUUUCAACGCGUUAGUAAGGGCGGAGACACGUACACUCGCUAACUCCAUGUACUGUAGAUUUCUCAUUCAGCAAUUAGUUAAACUACUGUUAACGAGUUGGACUCGGGGCACUUCGCGUUUGUAACUGGACAUGGCAGCAGAAGCGGCUCCGUUUAAGGUCUCCUCUCUCAGUGGGAAAGUUGCGCUUGUCACUGGUGCCAGCUCAGGAAUAGGGGCUUCAACAAGCAUUUUGUUUGCCAAGUUGGGUGUUAAGCUGGCACUUAAUGGACGAGAUGUGGAAAACUUAACAAAGACUGCCAAACAGUGCAAGGACGCAGGACAACAUGAGCCACUGCUGGUACCUGGUGACCUGACAGAUGAAGACACUGUUAAGAAGACCAUUGAGAAGACUAUAGCUCACUAUGGAAGACUGGAUGUGCUUGUUAACAGUGCUGGAAUCCUCGUCAUGGGAAGCAUUGAGACAACGAAUAUGGAACAGUAUGACAGAGUCAUGAACACCAAUGUUAGGUCUGUUUACCAUCUCACCCACCUUGCUGUGCCACACCUGAUAAAUAGCAAGGGCUGCAUUGUGAAUGUCUCCAGUGUAAAUGGGCAAAGAUCUUUUCCGGGAGUGCUGGCCUAUUGUAUGUCAAAAUCUGCAAUUGACCAGUUCACGAGAUGCACUGCUUUAGAACUGGCUUCUAAACAGGUGCGUGUGAAUUCUGUUUGUCCUGGUGUAAUCAUCACUGAAGUGCACAAGCGGGCAGGUCUUGAUGAAGAACAAUAUGCCAAGUUUCUAGAGAAAUGCAAAGAGACUCAUGCUCUUGGAAGACCCGGAGAAGUGGAUGAAGUUGCUCAAGCAAUUGCAUUCCUGUCUUCUGACGCAGCUUCCUUCAUCACAGGAGUGAACUUACCAGUGGAUGGGGGGCGGCAUGCAAUGUGUCCCAGAUAAGAAGAGCAGGAAUGCUCAUGUAGUCUGCCACUAGGGGGCAGUAUUGGUACAUGAGAUUACAACCACAUCUAGAAUGUAUUGUUGUACUUUCAUUAACAAAAAAAUAAUGCAUAAUGCAGGUGAAAGAACCCCCAAUUCAGAUUUGUUUCUGCUUAGUUUUCAGAAACUAAAUUACAAGUAUGAAAUUCCUUGUAGAACAGUUUCUAAAGUUGAGCUUGAGGGGCUAAUAAAGGCUUUUUUGUUAAGUGUUUGUAAGUCUUGCUACUUUCCUGGGGCAAGCGCAAAUACACCGAUGGAGCUGACCAGCUGGAAUGAACAUGUAUGGCUGCUUAUUCAAAUUCACUGCCAGUGGCUGUAUGUGAGGCUCGAAGUGUAGAAGCAGCAAUUAUAAGCUAAAAGCUUGAAUUUCUGUUGGCAUAAAAUAUCGUCAUCCACAUAAUGUUGACAGUUCAGCUGAGUGGGUUAUUAACAUACAUAUAGCCCCACUGCAAUGCACUGUGGGCCAAAUGGACUCUUGAAAGUACAAGAUCUGCAUUUCCAUUGCCCAAACCCUGCACUCUCAGGGCAAGCAAACUGGUCCUUUCCUCCCUCAGCAAGCCAGUUCAUUUAUGUCUCUUUCUCACUGAGAAGCAGUCAUGUACAAUCUCGUUAAAUUAAUUACUGCAACAUUUAUGUGUGUUAGACUGUAAGUGUAAAACAUUAGUGUGUCUUUGGAAAUGCCUUGCACUGUUUGGUGUGUUUUGAUAAUGGGUAAAUAUUUCAGCAAAAUUAUAAAACUAAACUUUAAAACAACAAACACAUGAAACAUCAAUACACAGCGUGUAACUCUCUCCACUGGAAUGAGACUUGUGCACCACAAAUAUUCAGCUCUUUCAAAUGCUUUUAGUACAGUAAAUACCUCUCACCCUGGGCUUUGGCAAGGUAUAAAGCCAGAUUGACUUAAAAAAAUGCAUUCAUAAGAAAAGUAGCUGUAUGGAUUCUAGACAUGUUAAGCAAAUGAGAAAAAAAUGGAAAAUGUAAAUGGAAAACGGCAUAAGUGCAAGACUACAGUUUAUGGAAUGAAUUUUAAACACUAAAGCCCAGUUCGUUUCAAAUAUUUAUUGAACAUCUGAAAAUUGUUAAUGCAAGACAAUGGAAAUUACUGAAGACUGUGUAUAGCAGAAGACAUUAGAGCUACAGGAAGUAGGACAGAGCAAUGAAGAUCGCUGUACUUAUUUAAAAAGGCAAUGUUUGCUUAAAAAAAAAAAACCAACAACUGUUUUUGGCUGUUAUCUCUUAAAUGCAGACAGAAUUAUAACUACAAAAUAAUAAUAAUAAUAAUAAUAAUAAUAAAAAAAACAAUGAAUGCUACCAGAUUUGUAUGUUUAAAUGUGAGGUAUUUUGAUAAUUAUUUAAAGUAUAUGUUACUUGAACAGAUGAAAUGGAUAAAAACAGAACUUUUCACAUAUUCUUCAUACUGUUCUUUUUGUUAACACGAUAAAUGCAGAAGCACAGAAAAUAUUCCUGGUACAGUACAGUUCUGAUUAAUAGAAAAACACUGACAUUUUUUUCCUUUUAAGCACCAAAUUUACAUAUUAUAGCAAGUUAAAUUCUAUAAGUAACUUCAGAACCUGGUGGGUGCUGAAGCAAAAAACAAACACAUUUUUUUUUCACUUUUACCUAAACAAAGAAAACCUUAUUAGGUUAACAUAACCACGUUUUCAAAAACAUUUAAAUAACAUUAAAUUAGCAGGAAGGGAUCCACUGUAUACAACAAAGCUUGCACAAUUAUACACAGUUUGUUUUCAAAACAAACAAAAGCUUACUAUUAAAAAACUAAAUCUUCACUAAAGUUUUUUUUUCUUUUUUUAAGAUAUUAAUUACAGCAAUUGGGGGUUAUGUACAAAAGAGCUGAAAAUAUAUAUUUUUUAAAAAGUUAUGUUUUAAAAUUCCAUGUAGAUUUUAAGUACAAGGUUUUGCGGCAUGAAUGGAACACGUCACAUUAAGACCUGUUUUUUCUAUACUUUUUAAAGUUUAUAAAAAUAUUCCCUUAAUUAAAAGGCACUUAAGUUAAAAGGCAGUUAUUGCUCAAUAGUGCGACAGCACUGCUGACUUAAGACACAAAGCUCUACACAGAAAUCUGUGGUUAUAACAGCACCAGGUAAUGUUUUUUUUUUUAAAUAUGUUGAACGAAAAGCUAAUGAGAAGUGGAGCACCAUAUAUUAAGAGAUGGGAGGUAGACAGACUAUUAGAAAGAACCCCUUAGGAGUCACUCCUAAUAUGUAUUUCUUUUCAAUAAUUAUUCUUUACAUCAAGAAUUUCUAAAUUCAGGAAUACUAAUGAUAAAAUUGGGAAUUAGCUUAAAUAAUUAGCCAGGCAAAUUCAAAACCUACUUGGCCAAAGCCUACUUGUUAUUAGAAUGAUCUGUGGGUGCAAUGACUGGGCAUUAGUAAAAGAAAAUCACGGAUUCUACUUUUGGAUGCAUCCAAAUAUGCAUAUAUAUUUAUAAAUAUUUUUUAAAAGGAACCCCUGAAUUGCCUAAAAGUUAUGCACAAAAAAGCUGAUUUUUUAAAAAUCUCUAUUGCACUGUCAAAUUAUUUGUUUACAUAAAGAUAUUUAACUUACAAAAUUACAAAAGACUUAAAAAAAACAAAACAAAAAACAAAAACAA